UAUUGGAAUGAGUUUUUAGGAAUUUCUUUUCUUAUGUAAACUUUUUACAAGUCUAAAUUACACUUUGUAUUUGCUGACAAAACAUGUAACAAAAAAAGUUGACAGUUUCUUUGAUAAAGUUCACUGUGAAUGACGCUGUGGUGAAGUAUUAUUAGCUAACAGAGUUGGAAGUCAUUCGAAGCAAGAGGUUAAAAAAUAUCAUCCAUCAUGUCGGAGGAGAAGGAAGCCAAAAAUGUGCUACAGGGUGCGAAAGAAUUAGACGUGGAUGAUUUUUUGGACAAAAUUGGACAGUUUGGAAAAACACAAAUCAUUCUUGUCUUGAUGUUUUGCUUGAUUAUUAUACCAACUACAUAUCAAACAUUAAUCAUGUCUUUUGUUGCUAGCAGCCCUCCGUGGCGGUGUGUGGAGAAUGCAACAAACUGCCAGCUUAAUGGAACGAUGAAAGCGAAGAAUGAUGACAGGUGUGAUAUGGAUCGCUUGUCAUGGACGUAUACUAAACCAAAGUCAUUCUCGAUUGUAACUGAUUGGGAUCUUGUCUGCGACAAUAAGGAACUAGCUUAUCUCGCAAAUUCUGGCAUGUUCAUUGGAUGGGCGUUUGGUGCUGUUGUUCUAGGUUGGAUAUCUGACAGAUUUGGUAGAAAGAUUGUGUUGUUUCCCUCAUGGUUAGCGGUCAUUUUAGCAGCAUUUGCAAGUGGUUUCGUCAAUAACUACUGGUUGUUUCUCUCUCUCCGUGUUUGGAUUGGAUUUUUUCAAGGUGGUAUAGGAUUGACCUUAUUCGUCAUGGCAACAGAACUUGUUGGGCCCAAGUAUAGAAGUUUUGCUGGAACAACUAUUUGGUUCGCUUUUACAUUCGCCUUAUGUGCAAUGGCCUUUAAAGCUUGGCUCGUUCCAAAAUGGCAGUUGCUUGAAGUUAUUUCGUCAAUCCCAUACAUUAUAUUUUUUGCAUUUUACAAAUUUAUUCCGGAGUCUGUGCGCUGGUGUCGUGUCAACAACAAGCUUGAUCAAGCUGUGAACAUCUUACGUGAUGUAGCAAAAAGAAAUGGAAAACCAUGGCCUAACGUGAAGCUAUCACCACCUCCAAAAAGUUCCAGUGAACGGCAUGCGUCCUUCAUCGACUUGUUCACACCUAAUAAAAUGUGUAUUUCCACUUUAGUGCAAUGUUUUGCUUGGUUCGUAAAUGGUCAAGUUUAUUAUGGAAUAUCUCUUGCGUCAGACGACCUUGGUGGAAAUAUGUAUCGCGACUUUGUUUUGACAAGCUUGGUAGAGAUUCCAGGGAAUAUCUUAGUCAUUGUUUGCACAAACAGGCUCGGCCGGAAACCAGCUGUAAUUGGUAGUAUGGUUGUGGGCGGUCUUGCAUGCAUUGGUGUAGCCUUCAUAGAUCCAACAACUUCAGUGUUGACCUGGUCACGUGUCAGUCUGGGCAUGCUGGGUAAAUUAUGCAUCACAUUGUCUUUCAAUUCAUUGUACAUUUGGUCUGUAGAAUUGUACCCCACAACAGUAAGGUCUCAGGGUAUGGGUUUGCUCUCCGUUGUCAGCCGUAUUGGAGCGGCAACUGCACCAUGGAUCGCACAGUGGCUCGGUCACAUCAAUAAGAUGUUACCAUUUGGUGUGAUGGGUACAUUAACUCUGAUAAGCGCUGGAUUAUGCUGGAAAUUAAAAGAGACACGUGGUCUGGCUACCGCUGAAACUUUGGAAGAUACAAAUAAACCAACCGAUAGUGGCGUGGAAGAACGCGAGUUGGACGAUCCAUUGGCGAGUAACAGCUCAUAUGCGCUAAAUAAUCACAUGGAAAUCGACAGCACAAAACUUUGACUCGUAAAACAGUCGAGGGAAACGAAUCAACGAACAAACUUAUGUAAUAUAAAGAUGUAAACAAACUUCAAACCAGUUACCAGGCCUUUUUAGGCCUGAAUUCUGAGUUAUUGCGGGAAAAGAUGUGGAUGCGAGGUCAAAUAAGCGUCGCGGAAUCGACCAACAUAUUUUUCAAAGACAAACUUAGAAUUAAAGCAAAAUAUAUAAAGAUGAAGCAAGGGUUCUUAAUA